AUGGGUAAAAAGUUGAAGACAGGAAAACAGAGAAAAGACAAGUACUAUCGGCUUGCAAAGGAAGCAGGAUAUCGUUCUCGAGCAGCAUUCAAACUCAUUCAGCUUAAUAAGCGUUUUGAAUUCUUACAGAGGUCUCGGACACUUGUUGAUCUUUGUGCAGCACCAGGAGGAUGGCUUCAGGUUGCUUCUCAAAACAUGCCUGUCUCUUCUGUCUGCAUAGGAGUUGAUCUGGUUCCCAUAAAAGCUCUCAAGAACUGUGUCACUCUCCAGGGUGAUAUAACUACUGAGAAAACUAGGCAGAUGAUUAAAAAAGAGCUGCAAACCUGGGAUGCUGAUUGCGUUCUGCAUGAUGGUGCUCCAAAUGUGGGCUUGAAUUGGGUCCAUGACGCCUUUCAACAAAACUGUCUUGUGCUUUCAGCUUUGAAACUCGCUACCGGUAUACUUGCAAAGAAUGGCGUUUUUGUCACAAAAAUCUUUCGCUCGAACGAUUACCAAUCACUUGUUGAUGUCUUUGAAAAGCUUUUCAAGAAGGUUCAUGUUUGGAAACCUGCAGCAUCUCGAUUGGAAUCAGCUGAAAUAUUCGUUGUGUGCGAAAAGUAUUUAAAACCUGCGAAAGUUAACCCCGAUUUAGUUGACCCAAGAAAAGUUUUUUCUGGGACAAGUGUGGAAGUCAAAGCACCUAACCCUCAGCUAUUGCUUCAUCCUCGAAAACAUGAAAGGAAGCCUAAAGCAGAAGGAUAUGAAGAAAAUACUUUAUCUGUAUACAAAGUUGUGACUGCUUCAGAGUUUAUUAACAGCGGGAAACAUUUGGAAAUACUCAGUACAGCAAAUAAGAUAAUCUUGGAUGACAAUAAAUAUGAAGAGCAUGAAGCAACGACAGAGGAGAUUCGGUUUUGCAUCGAUGAUAUUAAAGUAUGUGGCAUUAAAGAAUUAAGACAAAUAUUGGCAUGGCGGAAGAAAAUAUUGAAAACCUUGGUAAAGAUGGAAGAUUCUCAAAGUAAAAGUGCCAGCGACGUUGUGAUGGAAGUAGAAGAGGACCCAGAUUGUUUUCUACAAAAAAAGAGUCAUUUCCAGGCAGUGCUCAAAAAAAAGAAGAAGAUAUUGCUUAAAGAAAAGGCCAAGGCCUUGACGAGGAAAAAAUUAGGAAUGGAAGAAGGGGGCGAUCUUGCCGAAAUAAAUACAGAACAGGAGUUAUUUUCUUUAUCAAAACUUAGAAAAGCAAAAGAUUCUUAUGCUUAUAAAGUAGAGGAUUCUGGCACAGAGAGCACUUUAUCGGAAGAAGAGUAUUUGGAGUCUGAUCUAGCCUUUAUGCGUGGCGACAGUGAUAUUGAAAAUAGUCUACGACAUACUGAAGAUGUUGCUUUUUCGAAGGAAGAUAAACGCCAAAAACGUGUUAACAGUUGGUUUUCUCGAGUUAGUUCUUUCCGAAUUCGGAACUUUUUUUUAAAAGAGCAGAAGCUUUCUCCGGAGUUGUUGGCUUUAGGGGAGCAGUUGAUUUACUCUACCAAAACGAGACGUGAGGUAGAAGACUGGUCCUGGAAUAGAUACACAAAUAAUGAUGAAGACUUGCCUGACUGGUUUGUGGAGGACGAAAAGAAGCACUAUAGGAAAGAAUUGCCCGUUACAAAAGAGCAAGUACAGAGGUAUAAAGAACGUAUGAAAGAGUUGAAUGUGAAACCAAUUAAAAAGGUAAGCAUUUUCAACGUCUGUAGGUAA